UUUUAUUACUGCUUGACCACAUUAAUGGUUGUAACCAACUCUACCCAACCCAGGUAACUACCUGCAGCAAUGGCCUACAACACCCCUCGCUUCAAACGUGCAGCCGAAGACUAUGUCCGCACCACUUCCGACUCCGACGACGGCUUCUACGGCCAACCUACCAAAAAACCGCGCUUCGACGUGCGCAAUCCCUCCGCCCUUGCUCCUGAUGCAUUAGAAGAAGAUGCGAUCCUGGAAGCAGAUGUCAUCGGCGCACGUGGUCAGCAAGUGAAGCGCGGCGCAGUCAACAUUGACGGCUACGAAUCGGACUCGGACAAUGACAACUUCAACGCCCGCGCCGACAAAAAAGCUAAAGCGAAUGCAAGGGCGGAGAAGGACAAAUCCAUGGGGGAGGUUGAAAAUGACAUGUUCGCUGAUCUGGAGGAUGAUUUCAAAGAUGGAGACGAUUCGGAAGGCGACGCCGGCCGAAGAGGCGGCAAGAAGAAAGCUGUUCGUUUCAUUGACGAAGACGAGAUAGAAGGCCAAAUUCAAAGUUCGAAGAGUGGCGGACAUGUCUCUGCUGAUUUUUCGCUGCAUAGCAGGGGAAAGGGCAAGGCAAAAGAAGAGGACGAUGAGGUUGAGAGCAGCAGUGAAAGCGAAGUGGACGACGAAACACGUGCAAGUACGGGCGAAAUCGAUCCCGAACUGGGAGCCGGCAGCAAGAAGUCCCAUGCUCCCAAGUUGGAUGCUUUCAACAUGCGAGCAGAACAGGAGGAGGGCCGCUUUGACGACCAGGGGAAUUACGUACGAAAAGCGGCUGAUCCCGAUGCGAUUCACGAUGUCUGGCUCGAAGGCAUGUCAAAGAAGGAAAUGAAGCGGGCCAAGGAGGCUGCCGACAAACGAGAAGAAGAGCGAAGAAAACGUGACUUGGAGGAGGAUGCAAAGUCAACAGGCGAUGUUUUGGCUGAACUCAUUCCGCUGCUGGAACGUGGCGAAACCGUGCUGGAAGCCCUCGCUCGCCUUGCAAAGGCCAAAGACAAGAAGUCCAAAUGGCAGCCCAAGAGCAGGCAUAAAAAGGAAAAUGGCGGGCCAGAUGGGCAUCCUGCAGUAGAAGAUGAGGCCGCGGAGCAGGCUCGAAAAGAAAAGGUCGAAAAGAUCAGCGGGGCAGCUGCUAUCUUAUUAGGCAGAGGCCAAGCAGAGGUUUACGACACGGAAAGAGAAUUGCUCAUUCGACAAUAUCGAAGAGAAACUGGUAAUGACUGGACCGACCCUCCACAGCCCGACGACACAGAUGCUCAAGCUAAUGCUGAUGAUGCCACGGCACAACUGUGGGAGUAUAGAUGGACUGAUGCCAGAGACGGUGGAGCGAUAAACGGGCCUUUCGACGGCCACACCAUGAAGCAAUGGAAUGAUGCUGGCUACUUUGGCGAAGGUGUUGAGUUCCGUAGGAAAAACGGCGGUGGCGAUUGGACCAGAGUGGCCGACUUCGCCUGAUGAGGAUGAUGAUGUUGAUCUUGUGCGAUAUUCCCAAUAAUUGACUUCCUAAGCAUGGAAUAUUGUCGUGUCUGUCGAGGCUUCUUCGCCUUCGACCGCAGCCGCUUGCGUGUGCUGGAAUGUCAUGACUCGCCAGUUGAGCUCUCGACGCCAGAACAGGCCGUAUCCCAGUCUAUUGCCGCCGGGUUCGGAGCACAGGCCGCCGCUGCCUGGCAUCUUGCGAGCAAAAAUACAGACUCGGAAUCUGGAAUGGAUCAUAGCCAUUGCACAGCACACACAUGGUUCGUGUGUCAGAUAAAUGUCGAGUCCACUGCAGAGAUAACCUUCGGACCGGGUACCUGAUCGUUUUUCGGAGGCGGCAUCGCUCACAUUGUUUUCGAGGACAACAUUGCCCACUCCAGCGGUAAUGUCACGGAGGAUUUGUUCGUCGGCUUCAUAUUCACUUUCAACGGGUGUGAGCGCUUGGCCAGAUGGGGUUUCAGAGCAGGUGUCCUUGAACUUGAGGUGACCACCAGCUCUGAUGCGUCGACGAAGUUCCUUGUUGGCAACCAUGGCGACAGCACGCAUGACGGCGUGAUAUUCGGGUCUUCCUUCUCCAUUGUUUGCCAUCAGCGACUGAUGGAUGGCUGGAUCAUCUGACCACCAACGAGCAUCGCCGGCAACAGCAACGAUGGUUGAAGUUUCUGGUUCUACCACCACAGCACCCACGCCUCUUCCGUGGCCGUACUCCUUGGAAGCAUCGGCAGCCCUCCUCGCGAGCUCCAUGUAGGUAUCUGUGGCUGGGACCUCGAGGACAGUUCGUAUCCGCCGAAGGUGAUGAAGAGGUGGAGCAUCUUGAAUGACCUGCGCAGCCGGGUUGUAGAUUGAUGGCCAAUACCGUUCCGUCCAGAGGGCAGCUUGCUCGGCACUCAGAGGUGCGUGGCGUGGGACUACAGCGUCGAAGCAUCGAGGAAGACCUUCAACAUCGAUGUGUGGCACCAACGUGGCCUUGAUAUCGUCCCAUGACACGACGGUGUUUGGCACCAACAGAAAGACGGUUUGGAGGCCGCGUGCGUCGUAAUCACGGCGCCAUGUCAAGUCCAAAGGUAGGUGUGAGAGAGAGCAUACACGCCGAAAGUGACUGAAUGAAGGAUGUUUGCCGCCGCUGGGAAUGACGGGCUUGACGAUGCUAGUCACUGUGGUCAGCUCUGGCUCACUCGGGAGGAUCUCUGAGUCACCUACCCCAAUGCCUUGCUCGUCAACUUGGCUGGUAUCUCGAUGACAAAGGCCUGGACUGGAUGACCAUGAGUUAGCUCAGAGGCCUUUCCGGGAAGAAUGGAAGGGUGCCGUACCGAAUACUUCCUCAGAGCGGUUUUCGUGAACCGUCUUCAAUGGCUCGAGGAAUGGGACUUGUUCCGCCAUGUCUGGAGGCUUCUGAGGUUUGGAUGCAUCGUAGAGUAGAGGGGAAGUUCGGAAGGUUGGCAACGAAGAAGAGAAGAGAAGAGAAGAGAUUGAGAGGUGGGAGGCAGCUGCCUCUUCCAGUGAUUAUUAUCAAAGGCAGCCGCACGAUUGCACCUGCAGUAGAAGCAAGUGACCCACUCGGUGAGGGAGACGGAAGCAACGACAAAGGCGUUGUCAAGGUGCAAACGAGGAAAGGGCAAACGCUCGACUUGUAGAGGCGACGAUGGGCGCGAUCGAGCAUCAACCCUCAACCCUCACCACUACGGCUCGUGUGAAGAAAAGAAAGGAAAUCUAUAUACAGUUGAAGAGAAGAGAAUCUACAACGGCCAGGGGAGUGAAUCAAA